AUGCGCACUUUAGCAGGAGCAGCGGGUUCACCUACUCGACCGGUUCUGUCUCAAUGCUCCAACCCCACAAUAAAACUAUGCACCCACGAUCUAAUUCCAUUUUGGGGUCGCAAAAUCUUGCCAAAGGUGCAACCUUUUUCUGGUUUUGAUUCCGAAAGAGAGCGUGGGCAAUGGUGGGAUGAGGAUAAAAGGGAAAGAGAAGAAAAAGGGAGGGAAAUGGCGAGAGGGGAGUGGAGGCUUCAACUUCGCCACAGAGGGAACUCGAUUUGUUCAUACAAGAAAGUUACUCUUCUAGUUUGCUUUUUCAACAUUGUUGUUGCUCUCUACACUCUUCGCUCUCUCUAUGGUUCUCUUUAUAUCUACUCUGGUAGCGUUGCACGAAACAUUGUAGAGCAUAGACCAGACCAGAUUCGAAAGAUGGAAGAAUCUAACCGAAUCAGGAAGGAUUACAAACCGGUUGAGUUAAUAAAAUUGGUGAAGGAAUUAGAAGGGGAGUUUUCGAGAGAAGAUGUGGUGGUUGAGUUGCCUCGGCACUUGAAACAGAAGAUAAUUGAUGAGGUCAUGCAGAGACUAGGUAGCUUGAAUGUAAGCAGCAAAAAUAUCUCCUACCCCCAAGCCAUGGCUAAGGAGCGAGGAGGUGGGAAAGUGCAUGCCUUUUCUGUUUCUCAAGAAGUUGAAAAUUGGCGCGAGCAAAAAUUGGAAGAAGUCAAGUUGGUUGUUGACAGAGGGACUUCCAACUCAACCAUUCCACAUGAAGAGGCAGGAAUGCUAGUAAGAGCUUUGGAGUCUGAUUGGGCCGUGGUUUCUGAAGAAAUUGGCCUUUGGAUACCUGCUGAGGUUGUCAAUGAUGAACACAAUGACAAACCCGAGGGAGAGUCCGAGAUUGAGGAGGAAGUUCUUCCUGGCAAGCCCCUUCCACCUCAAUGCAAUACUGAACUUCAUACAGAUUAUGGUGGCUUAGCCGUGAGAUGGGGUCUUACUCAUCAUAAAGAUAGUGCAGCUGAUUGCUGUCAAGCUUGCUUGGACCAGGCUAAACGUGCCAAAGAAGGUGAAAAGAAAUGCAAUAUUUGGGUUUAUUGCCCAUCAGAAUUUGGGUGUCAUUCACCAGAUAUCUAUCAGCACAAAUAUCAGGAAUGCUGGCUGAAAUAUGAUGAGAAACCCAAACUAAAUUUUAAGGACAAAUAUCCUGAAUGGUAUCGAAAUUCGCGCCCAUCUGCACCAUUGGUUGUCCCUUGGGCCUCUGGAGUUGUUAGUCCAGGAGAUAAACUGCCAAAUCCAGAAAAGGUUACAUGA